AAGGGGUCCAUGAACGGUCUUUACAUUUUUUCCAACUAUCAUCGACUAAUACUUGCUGCAAGUGCUAACAUCAAGUAAGUGGACUUCCGUUCAUUUGGUCGCAAGUCAUAUGCCAUAUGUUACACAUGAACUUGAGUGGCGGAUUUGAAAUUCAAGGUUUGUUUGUUCGACGCCUUUUUACGACUACAAAUUUAAAGAAAUUCAAGGUUUGUUUGUUCGACGCCUUUUUACGACUACAAAUUUAAAGAGUAAUAAAUAAUUAUAUUAAAUUUAUACAUAUAUAUAUAUAUAUACUUUCACAUUUUUCAAAAUUUUGAGUAUUCAUAUGAACGCUUUGUAACAAGAGUGACUCCGCCACUUAUGAACUUUAUAGAACUCUAAAUAUAGUCUAUAGGACACCACUAUUGGCAGGUUCUAAUAUAAAAAUGAAUUAAUGUUAUGAUUGAUGGUACUAUGGUUGGGCUCGACCCAAAGGCCAAAUUCGGAAGCUAGUUAUUUACGCUGGCCCUACCCCAAUAAGGGAAUAGCGACCAGCCCAAUCAUGAGAUUAAUAAUUAAGCGAGCUAUAUUGGCCUGAAUAGGGAGAUCCAAGCCUAUUAGUGGGAUAACCAUGCAUGAUCUGACCUGGAUAACAUGUCUUAGGUCUGGUUAAAAUCCCAUUGAGGUUGGAGUCUUCAUAGGGAUUACGUGGCAUUUCAUCCAAAAUGGAUAACCAUCAGCGACAUGAAAUACCUGAGGACACAUAGGCAUUAAGGAGGCAUUAGCACGAAAACUACGGGAUACACGUUAUAAGCGUCCUAUUAAGAUUAAUUAAAAAUAUCAAUUAUGUCGGUUAUGUCUCCUAAUUAUAUUGUAGCUCCAUACCUACAAAUACUCCCACUAAAUAACCUUAAAAGGGAUCACCUCUAGAAUAAUAAUACUAUCUCAUGCUACUAAAUUAUUUACUCUUUUUAUGUGUAUCAAGCUUAUUUAUAGAUUAGCUCUUGCAGUUGGAAUUAUAGAUCGGUGCUUUCAUUGAGAGCUAAUCUACAAUCUUUUUGUAAUCGAACGAUGGUUGGACCACACAACAACAAUCGUGUUGGAAGCAACCAUGGCAACUCCGGGGCAAACAAUGUCCCAAUUGAAAAUCGACUAAGGAUCCCGCACACGGCGGAGUGACUUCCGACGAUGAAACGACAACAUGCUAACUGCAGACGAUUUGAGGAAUCGUUUUCUUGGCGUGGGAAGUUCAAGGCACCCUAUAACUCGUCCAUCACAUAUGCGGACACCUGCCAGUGGAGGUCCCAUUCAAGGCGUUGAUCCGCCCAAGCACUGGCAAGUUUAGCUACCUUACGAAGAGCCCUGAGAAUCCUAACUAUGGCUUUUCAGGGAAUAAUUCCCGAUUCUAAGUCAAAACAACCCUCUAUGCCUCCGCUAGUGGAGGCGAAGACGUCAUCGAGGCAUCGUCGAAGAAAUUCGACCCCAUCAAGGUCCCAAAAAUCACGUCGUUCACCCCAGUCUCCAAGGACUUUGGUGAACCGGUUAGGAGCUGGGGAAGUCUUAAUCCUUUACAUGCUCUUUGGUAAGUAUGGUUUCUAUAUUCUUGAACAAUUCCUAAGCAAAACGAAUACUUAUAUAUUUACAAGGAAACAUUCACACCAUCUCAUAUAUGCUAAGAAGGAUGAUAACUAGGUUGUAGGCUAUAUAAAUAGAGAUUGGGAAGGUUUUCGUGGAUGAUAGGAAAAAAAUUAGCCAAUAUUUGAUGUUUAGAUUUAAAGCUAGUUUCUUGGAUUUUAAGAAAGCAAAAAAAUCAUGGCACUUCCAUCUACAAACGCUGAGUAUGUAAUAACAACAUUAGAAGAUUGUGAAGUGGUUUAGUUGCGAAUAAUGUUUCACUAGUAGAAAAAGGGCUUACAGUGACGCUUUGAUAGUGACACUUUCUGAUAUAAUAACAUUAAUGACACGAAAGUGUCACUGUUUUUCUAACACAAAUAUAUCGGUGUCGAUUACCGACACUCCGUUUUAUUCUUUACGGAGUAUUUGAACUAUUCUGGGCCUUUGGAGUAUUCUGGGCCUUCGGAGUUUUACAAGCAUUUUAACACUUUAGUUUCCCCCCAUCAACUAAGUCUAUUUCCCUUCUUUCAACCCUAACUUUUCUUCACGAGCUCGAUCGAUAUCCGUCGUUCUUGGUGUGGCCGCGUGACGUCUUCUCCUUGCCGGUUCUUCUUCAUAUGUGAUUAUCAUCUAUUUCAGGUAUAAUGUGGUAGUUCUUAUUCCUUGCGACCUGGGCGCCGCCCUAGCUGAUUGACGGACCGAGUCAGAGAGUUCUCUCCUUCUUUUGGGAUUACCAUUCGAUGGUGAACGGAGAUGCUAGCAUGGAGGUACUCGAUCUUUAACUCGACACCUCUAUUUUUACCUCCUUUAAUUUUAAUUUUUAGUUUUUUAACCUAAACAUGAGGAAAUUUUGAAACCAAAUAUGAUUUUUUAGAAUAUUAUACCAUAAUUUAAAACUAUUUACAGAAUGAGGAGUACAUGUUGUUGUAUGACUAUUAGCAGCAGGGAAAAGUAGGUUGAGUGGUUUGCAGGUAUUGUAAUGCUUGUCACUAAUAAGGUAAUUUAAAAAGGCAUGAAGUUCAUAUUGUAUGAUAUGUAUGUGUGUGUGUGUGUGUGUGUGUGUGUGUGUGUGUGUGAAAAUGAGGAUUUAAUGCUUAUGCGUGUAUAAAAAGCUAGUUUAGUAGAUAAGCACUAUUCUAUCUUCAUGGAUCUCUUUUAAGCUGAUUGUGUGUUAUUCCAUUUGUGGUUAUUUAUUAACAGAGGUGCUGAGGAUUGGCUUGUUCUGAAUUUACAUUCAAAUUAUUAUUCUGAUUUUGACAGUCUCGUAAAUAAGUGAAAUAGUUAGUGUUACUAUUUGGCUGGUAAUUCAUUUAGUGUUCUGGACCGUUGCUGCCCCAAUUCAAAAAUUGCCAUGUGUUCUUUUGAAGAUCCACCAUUAAAAACGUGGUAAUUGGUGAUAGGGGGAGGGGACAACUUCAUUUCUUCCAUAGGAAGUGGAGCAGACAUCUCUAGUUUCUACUUUAGAUAUCAAAUGUUGCUAGUUUUAAGGAACUGUAAGUUUAUAGUGUGGCAUGAUUGGCAGCUGUUCUGAAAUUUUGGAUUCUACAACGUUUUGAACACUUGAAGUUUUGAAGUGUGUAUCAUUCUAUUUUAAAGUCAAUUUUAAUGUUAAACUCUUAAAUAAAAAAAGGAAUCGCUAACCUGCGUCCAUAUUAUUUCUUUUGAUAAUUUUGUAUUGCAAUUAACAUUAUAUUUCCUUUACUUCUAAACUCUUGGCCUAACAAUUUGUUAUCUUAGUUGAAGUUUAUUGGACUGACAAAAGCAUAAGUUUAUUGGAAUUCCAUCGAAGGAUUUGGAGGAAUUCCAUCAAACGGCUUAAGUUUCUAUUCUAUAUGUAAAGAUAGCGUUAAAAAGACUGUGAUCGAAUUAAUAUAUCAAUGUGAUUAUUUUUACAAUGCAACUCUACUGGCAACUUUUUAUAAAUAACAAUGAAAGCAUUCUUGUUUUAACAGGAACAGAUAGUAUCAUUUAUGUUUGAUAAGCAUCUUCUCAAAUUUCUCUUACUUCACCAAGAAAUUGAAAAAACCAUAAAUGUUUCUAAAGAAUUUCUGAACAUGAAUAACUGGUUGUUUUAUGCAGGAAUUGAGGGAAGCCGCUGCCAACAUUGAACCUAAACACGAAAAUGAAAUUAAAGAUUUGUUUGCAACUUAUAAGCUUUUGUAUUCAUAAUGGAAAGUUUUCUUAAGGCGUGCUAUUCGUUUAUGUAUAUAUUUCACUAAUAGCCAUCUGAUAUUCAAGUUCACUGUGGAUGUUUUUUGGGUUUCUAAUUUGGUUCAUAUAAUGUUACAGGUGUGGUUUUGGGCAUCUAAUGCAUGGGUUUGGAUCAAAGAAAACCUUGAUUGAUGAUUUUGCUUGAACCACUUUGACUGAGUAUCCAGUUGUCGUGGUUAAUGGUUAUCUCCCCUCAAUCAAUCUUAAGCAGAUUGCUCCCACCUUAGCUUGCAGUUCAUGAUGUUCAUUGUCAGGUAGUUUUUGUUCUUGUUAAGCCAAAAUUUCAUAGAAAUAACUUAUGCCAAUUCUUUUGACUUUUUUGAAUGGGCGGUUCUAAGAAAAAGAUUAAAAAGCUGACAGUGAAGGAACAACCGGUGCAACGAUACAAUUGCAGUGUGUCUGCUCAGAAGCUACGGAACAAAGAGUGAACUUAUUGACAUUAUUGACGUCACUUCUUGAUGUAAAGGCCAUAGAAUUGACCUUAUUGACGGGACAAGUGGAUUUGAAUGGGGAAAUGGAGCACAUACCGUUGAUUACUUCCAAACAAUUCAGUUGUCGGAGCUUGACACUUAAAGACUGUUUUAUGUUUUGUAGACCAUGCUUUAGCUCAAUUCUAGCUAUAAAUUUAACUCGUGUUUUGUUCUUUUGAGUUGUACUUAAUUACAUUUAUGGUUUCCGGGGUAUGCCCCUAUGAAUCAUGUACAAUCAUAUGAAAUAUUGAGAUAUAAAUAAAAAUGUUUGAAUUGUACUUAGUUACAUUUA